AUGAUUCAACAAAGUUCGCCACCAGACGCGCAGCCGCCAUUUCCAUACAACUUCGGCCAGAGCCCAUCGACUCGCAGGCAUAGCAGCGCUCCAAGGACAGAUAGCACGCUAGACAGUAUGGAGGAGUUGGGCUACGACCAAGUCAUGGCAGAGUUAGAUGAUUUCUAUGGCUCAUCUCCUCUAUCAUUGUCUCCCGCAGCGCCUUACGAUAGCAACAACAAUAAGCACACCGACCUCAAGCGAAACUCCAAAGGCCACGAAAUGCUCCUCGAUGCGCCUCUCUCCCCGGUCGAGAUACCAGCGACUAGAGCAGCUUUACCUGAUCACGAGCUACGCGAAUCUCCGGAGCUCGCCGAAUUGCAGAGCAACCCAUGGACGGAAAAGCCCCAAGGACCGCAGGAGUUCGAUUUACCAGAUGCACUGCCCAUGGCAGUUGCGGAAGACAUCCCUGAGGAAGACACAUUGAAGCUGACGCCACAGCCACCAGACCUGAGCUUCCUCAUACACACAACACUCUCUCCUGGCGUGAGUCAAGUCAUCCGAAACAGUCAUGAACAAGAGCUGUCAGAGUUGCCACAAACACUGCAGGAUCAGUCACCGAUACUGGAGAACACUCAAAACAUUCCAGACGCCUCAUGCCCAGAGCCAGAACCCGAGCAAGAGACGUCGGCAUUCAUCGUCGACGGCAAGGCAGCAGACGAGCCACCAGUCGAGUCUGCAGAAUCUUGGCCAUCAUCGUCACCACCAUCAGAACCAACUUCGCAAGAAGAACAGCAACCUACCGAUAACGUGCAGGAAAAUCACGUGGCACCUAUGCGAUCUGAGCUGGAGCUUCCCAACAUCAAUAGGGUGUAUGCAGUUCCAAGACUCGAAGAUGAGACCCAGGUCACUCCAGGUGCUUCUCUGCCACGCAAUGCCGAACUCCCGGGUUUGGGAGAGCAAGAGACGCUACCCAGUCUGCAUAACUUCGAAUACUCCGGCUCCGCGCCACAGCUGCCGACAUACGUACCUUCGAACAUGAUGUUACAGGCAGCCUCAGAGGUUCUACCACCGCAUGCCACGCCAAUCGCAGCCUCCAGCAGCCAUAGGUCAGAGUUACAUGCUGAGAUGCGAGCAGAGGAAGAUGCAGCAAGCUCCCCGAUACGCCCUGCGCCCGUUUCAGCAUUCAGAGAUCGUCUCAACAGUACCCCUGGGCAGCUUGCUCAGUCCAGUCCAUCUUUAGAGUGGUCUUUGGACAGGUACGGCAAUAUUCUGUUCGAGGAAGAGGAGUCCGACGAGGAGUCUGGAACGGAGCUGCCAAAGCCGAAAGAGACUUCGCCAGAAGAUAGCGCCAUCGAAGUCGCAAAAGCACCUCCCCGAAGACGAAUUCAGCCUAGCAAAGUGCGCGUGGAUCCCAACAAGCCACAUUGGGCUCAACUCAAGAAGCCUGUAGCUAAGAAGCCCCCUCCAAGGAUCAAACAAGUGCCUGUGCAGAGAACAGUACCAUCGCCACCUGCACCCGGGUUCAGAUUUCCGCCAGCGCCAACCGUGUCAACUAGAGCAAGCGCAGCUCCAAACGGAGAGCCCAGACCCACACGAAGCAUCAAACUCGAGGAAACAGGGUCUUCACUGAGCGACUCAUCAUCGAGAAGCCCAUCGCCGCCAGCAGACGACAGAGCCAGCAUACCGUACGGCCAUCACGCCGCUCCUUUCCCUCCGUCCCGUCCACCUCAGCCCCCACAAUACACACGCGCUCCAUCAGCGCGACUUCAGCUCCAGCAAAAGCCCAGACCCAAGCCAGCCAAGACCCGCAAACCGCACCAAAACCUCCUCGCAAGCAUGGUCCCACCCGAAUUCGACAACACCGGCGGCUCCUUCGUCGAGAAAGCUCUGCACGAGAACGAAGUCACCAUGGACGGCUCACCACCACCUCCCGGCCAGCAAGGCAAAGUCUCGCGGAAGCGUGCGUACGCCCCCGAGGACGACGAGAUCGCCUACGACGAGGAAGGCCACAUCAUCACAGCACCAAGAAGACCAGUCAGAGUGCCGGUGCCAGUGCCAGCGCCAAAGCGCGUCAAGACCGAGGUGAAGCCGAGAGUUCAGCCCAAGGCGCCGAUGAAUAAGGAGUUGAUGAGUAUUGUGGGCGCGACUGUUAUGGCGGAUAUGCAGCCUAACAGUCCGAGGAAGACGAGGAAUCAGAAGAGGGAGAUGGAUGCGGUGGCGCCGAAUGCGAGUGCGGCGGCGAAGAGGAGACAUACGAAGCAGGGGAAACUUAUUGCGGGAUGA